CGCCGCCCGUGGGCCUGUGCAACAUACUCUAUUGAAACGAUAUUGAAUAUUUGCUGUAGUUAGCAGCCGUUUUGAAACCGUCUUCCUGCCCCCUGGAAUUUUCUCCUUACGCACACAGCGCUACAGAAUGUACUAAAUAAGCACAGAAAACACACAGGAAGAUUGUCGUACGGCAAGAGGAGUAGUUCAAUUUACUUUGUUCCGCGUUUUUAGAUACUCGUUCUUUUUUAUGAAUGAAGAUGGUGGACGAUCUGUGGUUGCUUGAGGAGCUGGAGGAUUUGAUGCAUUUCACGGCCAGCGACCUGCCGAACCGCGGAUACAAGGUGAUGGAGGAGAUCCGCAGACAGGGCAAGCUCUGUGACGUUACCCUGAAGGUCGGGGAUCACAAGUUCAGUGCUCACAGGAUUGUGUUGGCUGCUUCAAUCCCAUACUUCCACGCCAUGUUCACCAACGAUAUGAUGGAGUGCAAGCAGGACGAGAUUGUGAUGCAGGGCAUGGACCCCAGUGCUCUGGAAUCUCUAAUAAACUUUGCUUACAACGGUGACCUGACGAUAGACCAGCAGAAUGUGCAGUCCCUGCUGAUUGGAGCCAGCUUCCUGCAGCUCCAGAACGUCAAGGAUGCCUGCUGCACCUUCCUCCGAGAGAGGCUGCACCCAAAGAACUGCUUAGGCGUGCGUCAGUUCGCAGAGGCCAUGAUGUGCACAGUGCUGUACGAUGCGGCCAACAGCUUCAUCCACCAGCACUUUGUGGAAGUGUCCAUGUCCGAGGAGUUCCUGGCGCUGGGGCCGGAGGCGGUGCUGGAGCUGGUGGGGCGUGAUGAGCUCAAUGUCAAGGCAGAGGAGCAGGUGUUUGAGGCAGUACUGGCCUGGGUGCGGCACAAGCGGGAUCAGCGGGAGCCACGCCUGCCCGAGCUGCUCUCCAAGACCCGGCUGCCGCUGUGCCGGCCACAGUUCCUGGCAGACCGCGUGCAGCAGGAGGACCUGGUGCGUUGCUGCCACAAGUGCAGAGAUCUAGUUGAUGAGGCUAAAGACUACCACCUGAUGCCGGAGCGACGGCCACACCUCCUAGCGUUCAAAACCCGGCAGCGCUGCUGCACCUCCAUAGCAGGCCUGAUCUAUGCAGUCGGGGGGCUCAACUCUGCAGCAAAUUUUUACGCAGGUGACUCCCUCAACGUUGUGGAAAUGUUUGACCCAAUUGCCAACCGCUGGGAGAAGUGUCAGCCAAUGACAACGGCGCGCAGCCGGGUGGGCGUGGCUGUGGUGAAUGGCCUCCUGUAUGCGAUAGGAGGGUAUGAUGGCCAAUCACGUUUGAGUACCGUGGAAGUGUUUAACCCAGAGACGGACAUCUGGACACGAGUGGCAAGCAUGAACAGUAAGCGAAGUGCAAUGGGAACAGUGGUAGUGGAUGGACAGAUCUAUGUUUGCGGAGGAUACGAUGGAAAUGCAUCCCUCAGCUCAGUGGAGUGUUACUCACCAGAAUCAGACAAGUGGACGAUAGCGACCCCCAUGAGUGCCAGUCGCAGUGCGGCUGGGGUCACUGUGUUCGAGGGGAGGAUCUACGUCUCGGGGGGGCACGAUGGGCUCCAGAUAUUCAACUCGAUGGAGUACUACAACCAGCACACCUCCUCUUGGCACCCUGUGGCAGGCAUGAUGAACAAGCGAUGCCGUCACAGCGCAGCAGCCCUGGGCAGCAAGCUGUAUGUGGCGGGCGGCUAUGAUGGCUCAGCCUUCCUGAGCAUGGCGGAAGUGUACAACUCGGCGGCUGACCAGUGGAGCUUGCUGGUGCCCAUGAACACACGUCGCAGCCGGGUCUCGCUCGUGGCCAACUGUGGCCGGCUGUAUGCUGUGGGCGGCUACGACGGCCAGUCCAAUCUGAACUCGGUGGAGAUGUAUGACGCCGAGACCAACAUCUGGACUUUCAUGGCCCCCAUGGUGUGUCACGAAGGGGGCGUUGGGGUCGGGUGUCUGCCUCUCCUCCCAAUAUAGCGCCAGCUUUCUCUAGUACUUUCUUUUACUUUUUGUUUCUUAACUUAUGAAUUCCAGACGAGAGGGGGACCUAGUGGAUUAUUUGAGCAAUAUAUAUAUAUAUAUAUAUAUAUAUAUAUAUAUAUCUGCGGUAUGUUUCCUGGAGAGCGUGACUGGCUGAUGCAAAGCAGUAUGUGCAAUGAAGAGUGGCUGGUGGACUGUGGAUACCUAAUUAGAUUUCCCAGCCUCUUGUCUUUUCUGGGUCUCUUAUCUUUAUUCCAGCCUAGUGGAAAGUCAGUGGAAUGAUCAGAAGUUCUUUUUAGCUACAACUGUCAAGUUCCUGGUUCUUAAAAGGGCUCCACGAUCACAAAGCCUCCAUCCAAACUGUCAGUUUUGUCUGCAGGGUCUAAGAGGGCAGGGUCUUGCCUGCACAGUCUUUGGAUCAGUUUUCAAGGCUGGUGGAGAAAGGAAAGGUUCAAAUGUGAACCACCACUGUUAGAAAAGGGUUCCACUCUAGUCAGUAGCAUGACGAAGCUCCCUCCAAACAAGGCACUACCACAUUUUUUUCACAACCCUACUAAAAUAAAUAUAGUAUAUAAUUAGGGCUUCUGAUUUUCGGUUUUAACUGAUAAAACACUCCUGAUACAAAAACAAUGAAAUCGGUGGACAGCCAAUAAACACCGGAAAACACUGUAAAAACUGUGGAAAUGGUUAAUCAAUUCACGUUGACUUUACCCUUUUCCCAUUAAAAAAUAAAACCUACUACAAAAAUAAUAAUAAUGAAUAAAUUUCCCAGUGCUGCUGGGCAAUGUCCCGCCUUCCUGACUUGUAUCUAUCAUUGAUUCGUUCUGAAUACUUUAAACCUGCCCCAACUACUGAGUGACAGCACAUUCCUACAUUUCUAUUGGAGACUCUGCUUGCGAGUUUUAAAAUGAGAUUACAAUCAGGAAUGGAGGCUUGUUAGUGCGAUUUCAAGCUGUAUUACAGUUAAGAUACGGAGGAUUUAAAACACAAUUGUAGCAAAAUGUACAAAAAUGCCUACACACAAAAAACCCAGAAGAAUGUGCCUGUGACCAUAGGGAUUUCAUUGUGGAAGACAGCAAAGGAAAGAAGGUCCAACUUAAGUGUGCAAGUACUGUCGAGUUACUAUUAUACAUAUUUUGACAGAAAAAAAAACGCUCAAGCAGUUUGGAAAGUAACUGAAAACACUAAUUUCAUACAGUAUAUCAAAAACAAAAGCUCAGAGAAAAAAAAAACGAUUUACAUAAAACUCGAAAAUAACUAAAAAGAAGCACCGAAAAAUACAAUUCAUAAAAACCGAAAAACAGAAACCCUAUAUAUAAUGUUUAUAUAAAAUUCUUUAAUUCUACAUGUCUGGUGCUUGGAAUUAAUAGCCUGUGAGUUUUCUUUAACCCAGCACUGAUUGUAAAGUAGACCACAUGUAAUAUUCUUAAAAUAGGUCAUUUUUGUAAGUACAAUUUCUCAAGGUCCCCCAUCCUUAUCUAGAUUAACUGCAGAUUAAUCCUGCCUGUGUUAACAUCACUAAAUACAAUUUAAAAAGUGGUGUUAUUUCAAGUUAUAAAGUGGUACACUCAAGACAUCAUUAAAGCACUGUGUUUUGCAUUGUGUGUGUUAUAUAAUGAUCAUUAUAGUAAUGAAAACCCCAGAGAAUGUUUCAGGAAGUUGAUUCUAGAUGACUACUACAAAGAGCAGCAGCAAUUAAGUUAAAAUCAAUAAAAAAAGUUCAAAUCGGUUCAUAAAACUAAAAUUGCAUACAAAUUUAAGGUUAUGGAACAAUGUAUUCUCUGUGCUUGCGGUGGUGGUAAGCAGGGACACCAUCACUCUUCAAUGUUGAAAGGACUUCUGUGAACCUACUGUAAUUCUAGUUUCUUAUUAUUCUUGCUAUUCGCUUGUGUUGUUUUUGUUUCUUUCUGUUCCAGCUCAGUAUUUCUAUUCCUUGUAUUGUUUUAUCACCUGAGGGUAUUCCCCAUAUCUUGUUUGUAUUGCUUGUCAUGGUUUGAUAAACCAGUUGCUCUAAAUGAGAUAUUAUUAAUGCAUUACAAUAUGAAUCUUUUUGACACACCUUCACCCUCUGCACAAGACUGGAGUAAUCACUGGAGCCCAUCUGAAAGUGUUUACGUUGAAUGAUGAAGCUUUUGGAGAUUUUUUUUUAUUUAAGGACUUAGGAACAGCGGUUUUGGAUAUAGUUCCCUUUUACUACAAUUAAAAUACAAUCCGCCUCGCCUAAUCGGGACUCUGGUCAUCGGGAUUUCUGCUUAAAUGGGAUACAACUCUGGGAUCUUCCCAGUGCUAUUGAUGUUGUUUAAAUGGGACAUCACUUUGUUUAAUUGGGAUACAGUAUUUUCAAAUGAUGAACGGAGAUCGCUUUUCAGAGCAAGACAGGUUGCGUAGCACAGUACAGUGAGUACAUGAUUACGCUGUGACUUGCGUAAACCACAUUGAAAUCUUGAAGGAGCUGGAGUCUCCUGUUGUUUCUCAGGCUGUUGUUGCAAAGAAAGUUGGCAUGUCAACAUCGCAGGUGCCACGCCUUGUGAUAAGAUGUGAUUUCAUUCUUUUUCAUUUCGUGUAGAUUUUAAUUUUGUUUAGGAAUAAAAAAAAACAACUAUUGACUCAUA